AUGGAAUGUACAGUACCUUCAUUUUCAAAUUUAACUGUUCAAUCAAAUUUUAGUUUACAAAAUUUUCUUGGAAUAUGGUACGAAAUACAAUGGCUAUCAAGUGAAUAUCAUAAUGCAUCAAGUAUAUGGAGUGAUUAUUCUCAAUCAUUUCAAUUAGAAAAUAAUGUUAGUCAACGUCUUCUUGUUUAUGGUAAAGCACGAUUUCCUAAUGCAGAACAAUGUUUUUCAUUUGGUCCAUGGUUAAUUAUUGCAAAUAAUAGUGCACAAAUGAUUUUGCAAACCCAAGAUCUCAAUAGUAGUAAAAUACUUAAUUGGCCUUAUUAUAUAUUAAAAACUGAUUAUAAUCAUUCUGCAUUAAUUUAUGCAUGUAUGUCAGAAAAUUAUACACAAAAUGAUCCAUGUAACAAAUCAGUAUUAUGGAUAUUUAGUCGAAAAAAUUAUUUAUCAAAUGAAUAUUUAAAUGAACUUUAUAAUUAUAUUGAAAAUAUUUUAUGUUUUAAUUCAACAAAACUUGAAAUAACGCCACAAAGUGAAAGAUCAUGUUAUACAUCGUCAUCAUUAGGAUUAAAAAUAUGAUGGUUUUUAUUAAUUAAUCAAUCAAUAGGAUGUACAGUACCCUCAUUUUCAAGCUUACAAGUUCAACCACAUUUUAAUCUACACAGAUUUCUUGGUAUAUGGUUCGAAAUAAAAUGGUUUACAACUCAAACUAUUAAUCCAACUGAUGUAUGGAGUGAUUCUUCUCUAUCAUUUCAAUUACAAGGUCGUCCAAGACAACGUCUUCUUGUUUACGGUAGAGCACGAAAAGUUAAUGCAUCACAAUGUCACUCAUUUGGUCCAUGGUUAAUGCAAACACCUGGUGGUGCAAGACUUUUUCUUGAAAAAGAUAGUCUCACUAGUAAUACAAUACUCCAUCAGCCUUUUUAUGUAUUAAAAACCGACUAUAGAAAUUAUGCAUUAGUUUAUCAAUGUUUGACACCAAAUUAUAGACUAAAUCAACCAUGUACAAGUCGAAUUUUAUAUAUAUUUAGUCGAAGAAAAUUUUUACCAUGGAGAUUUUUACAUCCACUUUAUCGUUAUAUUGCAAAUGUCUUGUGUAUUUAUCCAAGACAACUUAGAACUACAUCUCAUACAGUAUCAUGUUAUGGACGAAUUAUGGGCUAA